UUCCGGCAGUGUACAUGGUCUAUGCACCACGCAUCGCCAGGCAGACAUAUACUGGGUGACGUUGGACGGCGUGAACCACGCAUUGUCCACGAAGACACUUGCGCGCCGUCGUGAAUGGGACGUGCAUGACUUGCUCAGUUGUGACACUUGCUUGUGGGAGUGGCGUCGUCAUUGGCCGGCAUCCAGCUGCCCGUGAUCAUAGCUUAGCCCGACAGCAGCGCAAUCCUACCGGAGUGCGUUUGGGGAAGUCUUUAAGUGCAUGGGAGGUGUAUUCUGCUGUAAUUCGCGUAGUGCUUAGCUCGGUGUAACGAUAAACUGCAUGACAUCCGCCCAUGUGGUCCAUCAAGAAGCCGUAAAGUUACGUCUGACGAUCCGCCGUCAACAAAAGGCUCGUUCUGCCAGACCCAUAUCCGUGUCAGGGCACAAGACGAUCAUUCGGUCUACUAUCUUCUUCUCCGCUUCUCCGGAACUCUUGGACUCGCUGGCGCAAUAUCCGGAGAUGCCGGUGAAGAAGAUGUAAGGGUUGUCUCAGACCGUGGCCCGGAAUACGGUGGGGGCAUCUCCGACUCCUGCGUAAUCAACUUGGUUGGGCCCGCCAUGACCGCGGUCGAAGAGAUCAUGUACGGCGACAUGAUGGGUGUUUCGACUUCGAAGAAGAUGCCGACCGCCACGAUAGCCAGUGAAACAAUGGUUCCCGCGACCGAGCCACCAACGAUGGCGCCUACAUUGAUCUUGGAGUCUUGGUGGGCAACAGUCGUCGAUGCAAGAGAUGUACUCGAGGAGAAAGACGAGGAAGAAGACGUAGACGUGGACGACGAAGCGGUGUGUGAGGAGGUGGGACUACCAGACGAGGUUUGUGCGCUCGUCGAAGUGACAUUUGGACAACGCGAGAAGUUGGGAGCGGGAUUGGACGAGAAGUCUGCUUGUAUAGAUUCUCUCGAGAACGUAUAG